AUGUCUACCUCCGGAUCUCGACAUCUCAAGCCUAUAAUCCACUCCCGCAACUCGAGUACCGACUCACGAACAUCCUCCCAGAGCUCAUCUUCUGGUGAAUACCGCUACUACGAAACCUCCACAUCAAGAAGCACAAUGGCAAAUGGAGGAUACAGAGAAGACAGAGAAAAGAGGACUGAAAAAAGACGGGUUCCGGACAAUAAAUCCCACGUUAUGACGACCAUGACCUCGAGAAGCGGAAAGAAUAAAGUUCACGCCCACGGUGCCAGAUAUUACGAUCCAGAAGAACCCCGAGCUUCAGAAGCACGAUAUGAGGACUAUCAACGUACGAAAGACUACAAUCGCUCGUCACAACCAUCCUAUUCUUCUGGAAGCAGCACGCGUUAG